AUGUACAAUUGCGUAAUAGCGAAUGAAGUGUUAGGAACAAGAGCGGAGCCACCUAGAAAAAUACCGAAGGCACCGUAUAAAGUUUUGGAUGCACCAGAUUUGCAGGAUGACUUCUAUUUAAAUUUAGUUGACUGGUCGCCACAAAACGUGUUGAGUGUUGGUCUCGGAACGUGUGUGUAUUUAUGGAGUGCAAAUAACGGGCAGGUUACUAAGUUAUGUGAUUUCCAAAGUGAAGGAGAUUCGGUUACGUCUGUUUCCUGGACUGAAAAAGGCAAUCACAUUGCCGUAGGAACUCAGCGAGGCUACAUUCAUAUAUGGGACGUAACUGUCUCCAGACUUAUUGCUCUUCUAGAUGGCCAUACUGCACGAGUUGGCACACUCGCAUGGAAUAAUGAUUUGCUAUACUCCGGUAGCCGGGAUAAGUGUAUCUUCCAGCGCGAUCUGAGAACGCCAUGUUCAAUUACACGAAAAUUAAGGGCUCAUAAACAGGAGGUUUGUGGUUUAAAGUGGUCGUCUGACCGACAAUAUUUAGCGUCUGGAGGAAAUGAUAAUAAGCUAUUUAUAUGGAACUUGUCUGCCGAGACUCCUAUCCAAACGUACGCUGACCAUGAAGCUGCCGUAAAAGCAAUCGCAUGGUCACCUCAUCAGCAUGGUCUUUUAGCCUCGGGGGGUGGAACGGCUGAUCGUUGCAUCAGAUUUAGAAAUAUUUUGACCAACCAAUCAAUAAAUUGCAUUGAUACCGGCUCGCAAGUAUGCAAUUUAGCUUGGUCAAAGUAUACAAACGAGUUGGUAAGUACACAUGGCUACUCUAAGAAUCAUAUCGUUAUUUGGAAAUACCCGUCUCUCUCCAAAGUAGCUGAACUAUCAGGGCACACAUAUCGCGUCCUCUACUUGUCCGUUUCACCUGAAGGAGAAUCUAUUGUGACCGGUGCUGGCGAUGAAACUCUCAGGUUUUGGAAUGUUUUCUGCAAGCCUAAAGCUAGCAAGGAGAGCAAAUCCCUCUUGAACCCUUUUCCUUGUGCAAGAUAA